CCUUGCCAGUUUAUUCGUCAAUCUUAGUGGUGUGUUGCUCAACUCGAUGUAAGAUUUGUCAUCUACGAAGUAUUCAGAUAAAAUAUACAUAUACUUUUACUGUAAAGACCAUUUAGUUUAAUUACUAAAUAUACUGUGUAUCCAAUAAAUCAAAUAUAAAGUGCAAAAAAAGAAGCGAUAUUGUGUAACUUUGUGUUUAAAAUUUAUGGUGCGGACUAAAAUCAAUACAAGAUGAAUUCUAUAUCAAGAACACCAAAAACUACGCCUAUAACGGAUGAUUACGAUAUAUCUAACACGGUCCUCGGCCUUGGUAUUAACGGAAAAGUGGUAGAAUGCAAGGAGAAGAGAACUGGUAUGAAACGAGCGCUGAAAGUGCUGCACGACAGCGCUAAAGCUAGACGCGAGGUUGAACUACAUUGGCGUGCAAGCGGCUGCAUUCAUAUAGUCGAGAUAAUAGAUGUCUACGACAAUACAUACGGUGGUAAGCGCUGCCUACUCGUCGUGAUGGAGUGCAUGGAUGGUGGCGAGCUGUUCCAGAGGAUACAGGACAACAGAGAAGGCGCAUUUACGGAGAGGCAAGCUGCAGAGAUUAUGCAUUCGAUAUGCGUCGCUGUACGUCACCUCCACGAUUCGAACAUAGCACACCGGGAUAUCAAACCGGAGAAUCUCCUGUACACAAGCAUGCAACCGAACGCAAUACUAAAACUAACAGACUUCGGUUUCGCUAAGGAGACAUUGACACCCGCCGAUACACUGCAGACGCCGUGCUAUACGCCCUACUAUGUUGCUCCAGAGGUGCUGGGACCAGAGAAGUAUGACAAAUCGUGUGACAUUUGGUCAUUGGGAGUCGUGAUGUACAUUCUUCUGUGUGGGUUCCCCCCAUUCUACUCCAACCACGGCCUGGCCAUAUCGCCAGGCAUGAAAAAGCGUAUUAGACUCGGGCAGUAUGACUUCCCAGAGCCGGAAUGGUCGAAUGUUUCGUCUGAAGCAAAAAAUCUGAUCCGUGGGAUGUUGUCUGUGGAUCCAGCGAAACGUCUCACAAUACACCAGGUGAUGGCCAGCCCGUGGGUGCGGCAGCACGCGCAGGUGCCGCAGACGCCGCUCUACACGCACGCGCUGCUGCGCGACGCGGGCGACGCGUGGGCCGACGUGCAGGACGAGAUGACGCGCUCGCUCGCCACCAUGCGCGUCGACUACGACCAGGUACAAAUCAAAGCGCUGGAACAGAGCAACAACUCGCUGCUUAAUAAACGACGAAACAAAGUAGGCGCUUGAGAAAUUUAAAUAGUAAAUAUAAAUGACCCGACAGUGUGACCAGAAUAAUUAAUGUUUCAAUUGUUUUUUUUUUUUU